AUGGGUCGUGGAGGCAAGAGAGGCGGUCGAGGCCGAGGUCGAGGCAGCUAUGGAGGCCCAAAUCGUCGAGACCAGCCAGAUAAUCGAGUAGACAAGUCAAAGCUACCCAGAGUGAACGAGAAAUUUGAGAACUUUUACAACGAGCUGGGCAUCGUACCUGCAGAGGAGCGAGAUGCUUUCUGGAAGGCCAUGAAGACCGACCUGCCAAACAGCUUCCGCUUUACUGGCUCAAAGGCACAUGCUCUCGCUGUCCAGGAACGUUUGCGAAACCACUAUAUUCCCGAAAUUACCUCGAUCCAACAUGAAGGUCGCUACGUCGAAGCUCCGCAACCAGUCGAUUGGUACCCAGACAAGCUGGCAUGGUUCAUGACCACUCCCAAAACUGUUGUCCGACGCUUUCCUCCUUUUGCGAACUUUCAAAAAUUUCUUGUGGCAGAGACAGAUGUUGGCAAUAUCACCAGACAAGAGGUAGUGAGCAUGAUCCCACCACUGGUCAUGGAUCUCAAGCCUGGCAUGACUGUCCUAGACCUUUGUGCUGCUCCCGGCAGUAAAUCCGCACAGCUGCUAGAAUUGAUCAAUGCUGGUGAAGAGGAUAGAGCAAGACAGGUUGCACAUAAUACAGCCAAUGGCCUGGAUCGGCCAGAGGGCAUCGAGUUUGCAGACGAUGGUCGCUCGACCGGCUUACUUAUCGCCAAUGAUGUCGACUACAAGAGAGCUCACAUGCUGGUCCAUCAGAUGAAAAGAUUAAGUUCGCCAAAUAUCAUUGUCACAAACCACGAUGCGACUAUAUACCCUUCCAUCAAGCUCUCUGCGACCAAGACGGCAGAUGGCAAGCUCGUACAUAAUCGAUACUUGAAGUUCGACCGCAUAUUGGCUGAUGUGCCAUGUUCAGGAGAUGGCACACUACGAAAGAAUCUGGAAAUAUGGAGACUUUGGAAUCCUGGAAACGGCCUUGGUUUGUACGCUACCCAAGUACGAAUCCUAAUUCGAGCACUACAGAUGCUUAAGGUCGGCGGAAGAGUCGUCUACUCGACUUGUAGCAUGAACCCGGUCGAGGACGAGGCUGUACUGCAAACUGCUAUCACUCAUUGUGGUGGCAGUGAUCUUGUACAAUUGAUGGAGACUAAAGACCUGCUGCCAGGACUGAAGCGAUAUCCCGGUCUACGAAGCUGGAAGAUUAUGGACAAACAGGGCAGAGUCUGGGAUGAUUGGUCCUCAGUCCAGAAGCAGCAGACUGAAUACGGCACGGAGGGGUUGAGUCGCUUGCAGGAGACAAUGUUUCCCAUGGACAACAACAUCCCAUUGGAACGAGCGAUGCGUGUUUAUCCGCACUCGCAGAACACUGGUGCAUUCUUUAUUGCCAUCUUGGAGAAAAGAUCCGAAAUCAAAGUCUCUACUGCAAAAUCGGAUGCUAUCGUGGCACCGAAGUCACAAGCUCAGAGUCCGAAAGACAGUCUAAACGUUGUCGACUCAAACGGCACGACGAACGUGCUCAGGACUGAAGGUGAUGGUGAAGUUGCUGAGAUUGUGGAGAGCACAAAUGGGACUUCCACUGAAGAUAUUGCAGCAAAGACGCAACCCGAGCCCGACAUGACUAUGAAAGAGGGUAUGGAGAUUGAUAGCCAGCUAGCAGCACAAACUCAAUCAGAGGUCCCUACAAAUGGCGAUAGCACGAACACAGCCGCCUCGUCUGUCGAUCAGGAAUCGUCAACCAAGCGGAAGCGUACUGAGCACGAAACAACACCGCAAUCUGAACACAAACGUGUAAAAAGCGAGGACUUCAGAAGGCAGGAGCCACCGAACCUCAAGAAGAAUAAAGGCCAAGUCUUCGAAGAGCCCUUCAAGUACGUUGAUGAGAGCAUUCCCGAACUGCAAAGUGUAAAGCAGUUUUACGACUUGUCCCCUCGCUUCCCGAUGGAUAGAUUCAUGGUGCGAAAUGUGGAGGGCACCGCAACGAAAAACAUGUAUUACACGACUGCAUUGGCAAAAGAGGUUCUGCAGGAGAAUGAAGGCAAGGGCAUGAAAUUUGUGCACUCAGGUGUCAAGAUGUUCGUCAAACAAGACGCACCAUCUCCCGACACUUGUCCUUGGCGCAUACAAACAGACGGAUUGAGGAUAUUGGAAACAUGGGUCGGUCGAAAGCGAAAAGUCAAGUUGCAAAGAAAGGAAACACUCAAGAAAUUGCUUGUUGAGAUGUUCCCGCGUUUCCAGGACGACGAUUGGGCAAGUCUGGGAGAACUUGGCGACCAGAUGCGCGAUUUGGGAAUGGGUUGCUGUGUUUUGGAGGUCGAACCAUCAGAGGAGGAAGGUGGCUUCAGUGAGAAAAUGGUGUUUCCAUUGUGGAAGAGUAUUCACAGUCUCAACUUGAUGAUGCCAAAAGAGGACCGAAAAGCUAUGUUAUUGAGGCUGUUCAACGAUGAUACACCACUACAAAACAUGAAUCAGCUCAAGAAGGACCAUACCUCUGGCAGGUCAAAGCCAGCGAAACAAGAAGAAGUAGAGCCAGGUGAUGCGGAGGGUGACAUUAUGGUGAAAACGCGAAACACCAGCUCACCAGAGCCUCUGCCUGAGCACUCGGACAAGCACAGACUAUCCGAUGACAGCGACGCAGAAGGUGGUGUCAAGAUAGAAGAAGGCUGA